UCGAAGGUUCGAGUCAAAUUCCAUUUUGUUUGCUUGAUGUCGCAGUCUCAGGCGAUAGAGGACGGUCAGCAUGAGGCCGACACGCUGCGUGUGUUGCUAUCCACAGAUAACCACCUAGGCUAUGCUGAGAAGGACCCGGUGCGCGGCAAUGACUCGUUCCGCUCGUUCCGUGAAAUCCUACAGUUAGCACAGCGCGAGAAGGUGGAUCUGCUGCUACUGGGCGGCGAUCUGUUCCACGAGAACAAGCCGAGUCGCCGCACGUUGUACGAAACUAUGCGAGUGCUACGUACUCACUGCAUGGGAGAUGGAGCCGUUAACUUUCAAGUGGUGAGUGACCAGAGUGUCAACUUUCCUAACUUUGGGGUUGUGAACUUUGAGGACCCCAACUACAACGUUGAGCUGCCCAUCUUCAGUAUCCAUGGCAACCACGACGACCCAGCACGAGAAGGAGGUGGAGACGCCACGCAGUCUCUAGCGGCGCUGGAUCUCAUGAGUGCUGCCAACUUGAUUAAUUACUUUGGUAAAAGUGAGAAAGUGGAUGCGGUCGAGGUGUUCCCGGUGCUGCUCACCAAGGGAAAUACUAGAGUGGCCAUCUAUGGUUUAGGUAAUAUGAGAGAUGAGAGGCUGAACAGAAUGUUCGCACAGGGGAAAGUGGCGUUCAGAAGACCAGCAGAACAAGCGGAAGAUUGGUUCAGUAUCUUCGUGGUGCACCAGAACCGAGACGAUAAAGGACGAGGAAACAAGAACUGCGUCCCGGAGAGUGUGAUCCCGGAUUUCAUUGAUCUUGUAGUGUGGGGACAUGAACACGAGUGCCAAAUUAACGUCCAAGAGAGUUUGAAGGGGGAUUUUUUCAUUACGCAGCCCGGAUCGUCGGUAGCGACGUCGCUGGUGGAAGGAGAGGCCAAGCCGAAACAAGUUGCAGUGGCGGAAAUUAAUGGUCAGAGAUUCCGCAUGACGAACUUCGACCUGCAUACAGUACGUCUUUUUAAGAUGGGUGAGGUGAUUUUGAGCGAGAUUGAGGAGUUGGAGCCGACCGACCCUGAUGUGGCAGAACGUAUUGGAGAGUACUUAGAAGGCAGAGUGGUUGAGUUACUGCAUGAGGCUGAGCUAGAACAGCAGGAGAGACGGAGAGAGCGUGCGUUGGAACGUGAGCAAAGACAGCACGAGAGUCCGUUCCCGCUGCCAGAGGUCGGAAAUGAAGAGGAAGAAAAGGAAUUGGUGCUGAUCCGAUUGCGCGUGGAACACACGGGCUUCCCUGUGCUGGUAAAUCAACGUUUCGGUGCGAAAUUUGUGGGAAAGGUGGCCAAUCCCAAUGAUAUUUUGCUGUUCUACCGACGGAAGAAAGAUCGUAUCAAUGCUUCCGACAAGAAGGCCAGCAUGGAGCUGGAGAAGUCGCUGCUGGGACGUCCAGUGCGGCCAACACCGCUAGCAUCGGUGACAAUUGAAGAUAUAUUAAGCAAGCAAUUGAGUGUACCCGAACGAAAGCUGACACUGCUGCCAGAAGCUCAACUGGGAAUCGCGCUGGAAAAAUUCACGCUGAAGAACAACUCGUCGGCUAUUCAGGAAUUCGUGGACAGUGUGCUCGAUGAGACUCAACGUGAAUUGAGCUCCAAGAGUGACGCCAAGUCGACGCAGGAUAUCCUCAGCGUUGUUGGGAAGAAGAAAGAGCAAACUGAUGCGUUACACGCACUCCAAAAAGAAGAAGAAGCAGAAUUUGACAAAACCGAGCCUGGAAGCAGUCUAUCUGCCGACGGGUUCCAGUCCCGACGGACAACUCAAAGCACUGAGGCCUCGACGAAGUCUCCAAAUCGCUUCGGCACACCGAGAUCUUCACAAACGAAGAAAGCAGCAUCAAAGAAAAAAUCUGUUAGGAAAUCUGUUUUCUCAGAUCUGGAAGAAGGCAGUGAUGAAAGUCCACGUAAGAAGAAACCACCGACCGCUCGUAAGGCUCCAGCUCGUUCAGCAAGAAGCAAGGCACGGAGAGCUUCACUUUCUGAUGAUGAUGACUUUACUGCUGAAGAUGACGGCGACGAAGACUUUAAGAUGGAAGAGGAUGGAGAGGAGGAGGAGGAGAUGACUCCACGGCCGUCCGCGAAACCACGAGGGAGAGCGUCAGCACGAACUGCAAAAGCAAAGAAGUCCCCGCCCACUCGAAAGCGCUUACGCAAAAGUAAUGAUUUUGAUGAAGAUGAUGAUGACGACGACUUUGCUCCCUCUUCUAGCAAGCGUGUAGCUGCUUCGACCAAGCGUUCAGCUCCCCGUGACUCACAAGCAAGUGAGGUGCUCGAUUUGUGCUCAGACUCUGAAAACGAAAAGCCAGCACCUAAAAAGCGAGCGAGGCCCACUAAGACCACGAUUUCCCAGCAACACAAGAUCGACAAUUUGUUCAAGAAGCAACAGCAGAAGAACGACGAAAUUGAUGAUGUCGAAGAGGAUCAGCAGUUCACGCAACUUGCAGACGCUCGUGGUCAAGAUAUCGUUGAUCCAUCGCAAUCUCAGUCCCAGUCCCAGUCACAGAUGUCUCAAGCUCGUGCAGGAGGUUCAACGCGACGCAAACUGCCCUUGUCAAUGGUGGCAGCCUCCCAGUCGCAGUCUCAAGAACCGAAGCGUGGAGCCGCCGCAUCUGCUGCCCGUAAAGGUUGGGGUCGUUCUCGUCGUUAACAUAAGCGACGAAAGAUUAUGAGACUAAAUGGGAAAAUCCUAGCCGAGAGCAGCCCUUUAUUUCACCUUAUGUUGCGCGAGUUGCUGGUGGCAGGACAAGCCAUUGCCACUCUUGUAACUUCGGUUUACUGUGGUCACAAGUAACGUAGUCCACCCAUUGAAGC